AUGGAUCCGCAACGCCUGGGCUUACAGGCCCGGGAUAACCCUGAGACGGACGAGUUCCUCAGGCUCAUCGCGGAUCCCUUUCAUUCAGCGUUCCAACUCAGCGCUGUCUGGGCCUCACUGGGCACCUCGAUCGGCGUUUCAAUCAUCCUCGCCCUCCUCUUCUCCCUCUUCCGCCCUCGUCACUCACUGGUCUAUGCGCCCAAAGUCAAGCAUGCGGACAAGAGACAUACCCCGCCGCCCGUGGGCAAGGGCUUCUUCGCCUGGAUCAAGCCGGUGAUCUAUACUCGGGAACCUCAGUUGAUCGACACCGUUGGUCUGGACGCCGCCAUCUUUCUGCGCUUCACCAAGAUGUGUCGCAAUAUCUUUAUCUUCCUCAGCAUCAUCGGCUGCCUCGUCAUGAUUCCCGUCAACAUCACCCAGAGCAAAAACCGCGAUUCCUCCUCCCAGUUUUCCGCCUUCUACACCAUGACUCCCCUCUAUGUCACAAAUCCCACCGCUAUCUGGAGCCAGGUUGUGUGCGCGUGGGCUUUUGAUUUUAUUAUUGCUUUUUUCCUGUGGAGGAACUAUCGGGCAGUGCGGGCCCUGCGCCGACAAUAUUUCGAGAGCUCCGACUACCAACGUAGCAUGCAUGCCCGAACCCUAAUGAUUACCGAUAUUCCACAGCCGGAUCGAUCUGACGAGGGCAUUUUACGAUUGAGCGAUCAAGUCAACCCCACUGCCGCCUUGCCUCGUGCCUCCAUCGGCCGCAACGUGAGGGAUCUACCCCGGAUCAUCAAAGAGCACGAGGAGGCUGUGCGGGAGCUAGAGUCAGUGCUGGCCAAGUACCUGAAGCGUCCCGAGCAGCUGCCCGCCAAACGGCCCACCAUGCGCCCACCCCGCAGCCAACGGAGCAAGCAUCCUAGCGGUCGGGUGGAUGCGAUUGACUACCUGACGGUGCGAAUUCGCGUUCUCGAGGAAGAAAUCAAGCACGGGCGGGCAUCGAUUGACCGGCGGAAUGCCAUGCCUUACGGCUUUGCGAGUUGGGAGAGGAUCGAGCACGCCCAUGCGGUGGCAUGGAAUUCCCGUCGAAAGCAUCCGCAAGGGACGACCGUCCGCUUGGCACCCCGUCCAAGUGAUCUGAUUUGGGAAAACUUGCCGCUUUCCAAGUCGGCACGCAAGUGGAAGCGGUUCAUGAACUUCCUCUGGGUCGCCUUGCUGACACUUGUGUGGAUUGUUCCCAACGCCUUGAUUGCUGUCUUUUUAUCCAACCUCUCGAAUUUGGGACUAGUCUGGCCAGCAUUUCAGACCUCGCUUUCGGCUGACCCUAACACCUGGGCUGCCGUUCAGGGUAUCGCAUCGCCGGCGGUCACCUCGCUCGUAUAUCUGGUGCUGCCGAUCAUCUUCCGCCGGCUAUCCAUGCACGGCGGCAGAAAGACCAAGACAUCUCGGGAGCGCCAUGUGCUGGCCCAUCUCUAUGGGUUCUUCGUCUUCAAUAACCUGGUUGUCUUUUCGCUGUUCUCGGCUGCUUGGACAUUUGUUUCGACGGUGAUUGAGAAGAGCCACAAAAACAACGAGAACGCCUGGCAGGCUAUUUUGGACAGCCAGCUGUACUAUCAGUUGAUGAGCGCUCUGUGCAACGUGUCUCCCUUCUGGGUUACCUGGCUCUUGCAGCGGAAUCUGGGCGCCGCAAUCGAUUUGGUACAGCUUGUGACCUUGGCUUGGGUCUGGUUCGCCAAAACAUUCCUGUCGCCGACUCCUCGCCAGUCCAUUGAGUGGACCGCGCCGCCGCCCUUCGAUUAUGCCAGCUACUACAACUACUUCCUCUUCUAUGCGACUGUUGCCUUCUGUUUCGCGACCUUGCAGCCGAUCGUCCUGCCCGUCACGGCAUUGUAUUUCGGGCUUGACGCGUUGCUGAAGAAGUACAUGUUGCUAUAUGUGUUCGUGACCAAGAACGAAUCGGGUGGCUCGUUCUGGCGGCCUUUGUUCAACCGGAUGGUGUUUGCUGCCAUCUUUUCCAAUGUGAUUGUCGCCUUGGUUGCCAAGGUUCAAGGCACGUGGACCAUGGUGUUCUGCGUGGUCCCGCUGCCGUUCCUGAUGCUGGGAUUCAAAUUUUAUUGUAUGAAAACCUAUGACGCGGACUGCGAAUACUAUAACCGUGCCAAUCUGUCGGAUGCCGAGGCCCUGGCCCCGGGCAAGCCCGGCAAGAAGGCAGGGGAUCGACUCAGUUCCAAGUUCGGACACCCAGCUUUAUACAAGCCGCUGAUGACGCCCAUGGUGCACGCCAAGGCCGCCGCGGUCCUGAAGGAGAUUUAUCAGGGCCGUCUGGAGUCCAAUGACAUGGCCGGCGAGUACUCGGAUAUCGCCAUGGACCCGAUGCUGGCGUCGCAACCCGGCAAAUCUGCCGAGCCCGCACCAUUCGAGGUUGUCCCCGAGAACCAUCUCGACUUCUCGUACUACAAGGACCGCCCCGACUUCCGCGACGAAUUCGGGGGCGGCAUCUACGGCCGUCCCGAAGACCUCAUCACUGAACGAUCGCAGACGCCCCGCAGCACCUUGGGCAGCGAGUGGUCCCCCAGCUCGUCGCGCGCCUCGUCUCCUGCCCCAUCUCUACCAUCCAUGUCUGGUUUGAAAAUUCAUGAGGGUUACGACGGUUCCCCGGAGGCGGCUGGUCUCGUCCACCCAGCCUUCCGCCCUCCGAUCUCGCGCGGCGACAGUGGCGGCUUGUACCAGCACUCGAACGAGAGUGAGACCCGCCUCUUGAGCAAUGCCCAGACCCCUGCCUUGUCGGACGUCUCGAACCCGCUGGACCGCUGGCGCGGCGGUGGCUAUGGGCCUGUCGACCAGGACGACGAUUCUACAUAUACCUCAUACGAACCUUACCGAGCCUCGCGAUAA